AUGUCUACAGGAGCGUUGUCACCAAAGAAGGCUGCCGAAAAGACCUUCGAGACCGGCGUUCACCAUCUGGAGGAGGAUCUGCAAUUAACAUUUCUCAAAAAUGUCUAUGGUGCUCUAUUGAUCUCGGCAGGAGGCUUGCUUUCUCUCACUUUGGUUACUGGCACUCCAGGGCUGUCAGAGACUAACCCAGGACUCCCGCGUAUCUUACAAGGAAUUACAUUCCCCGUGGGCCUUGUUCUGGUGUAUCUGGUGGGAGCUGAGUUGUAUACUGGAUACCCUAUGUGGUUCGUGAUGACGGCCUUGGAACGGAAAGGAUCGCCCUUCCAAUACCUACGCGGUGGCAUAGUAUCCUGGCUUGGCAACCUCGUUGGCGCUUUACUCUUCGCUGGUGUCUUCACCCGCCUGACUGAGAUUCUCAGUGAAGACCCCUUCAGAAGCGGUACCAUCUCCAUGAUCUCUCAAGACAUUAUUGAAUCGCAGUGGCACAUUAUCUUCCUCCGCUCUAUUCUCUGCGGCUGGCUAGUGACCUUCUCCAUGAUGCUGGGCACGCAGAACCAAGAUGGUAUCAGCAAAGCUCUCGCUUUGCAUUGGCCUUUCUUCAUUUCGACAGCGGCAAAGUGUCCACAUACAGUCGAGUACAUGUAUCUCGGUUCCACUGCCAUGUUCCUUGGCUCUCCCAUGUCGAUAAGCAUGCUGAUAUGGAAAUGUCUGAUCCCCAUUACUUUGGGUAAUACUGUUGGUGGGGGCUUGUUCACGGGUGCUUACUCUUGGUGGGUACAUCUGUAUUGUGAUGACAAGAAGGCCGCUCAUCGUGAUGGAAAUGGUUGGGGUUCUGUCAGGCUUGGAGAUGAUGAUGACUAG